CCGAGGUAUAAAUUGCUUGCUUGCUGAUUGCAAUCAUCAUUUGAAAUUAUUGGCGUCAAAGGCAAAAGUGAAAAAUGAAGGUGGUGAAGCGGUUUUUGUUACUGAGCUUAUGCCUUUACAACUUGGUUAACUUUUCAGAAGCCCUUCUCGGUGACCCUUGCCCUACCCCCGAAACAGGGGUUUUUUGCUCCACCACUGUUCCUAAUUCAAUAUGCGAAGAGAACAAAUGUGAGUGUGACGUUGACAAUGGGUUUAUCGAAGAGGAAGGAGGAACCAGGGACGUGUGCUUUAAAAAAACUGUUAUUGGAGACGAUUGCAAGAUUGGUCCUCAAUGUGACUACAACGAUGCAGUUUGUAGAGAUGAGAUUUGUGGAUGUCGGACAGGAUUCGUAGUGUUCGGAAACACGUGCAAACAGAAGAUAACCACCAUUGAAAAGGACCAGUGCGAAUCGAAUGUUCAGUGCCCAGAAAAUUCCCGGUGCGUGCAAAAUUCAGGUACACCCUCGAUGUGGUGCAAAUGCGUCAACAAUUUCGUAGCAAAUGGAAACGGCGACGCCUGUUUGCGAGUCACUGCAGUUUCUGGCGAUUGCGUUGAAGAUAUUCAGUGUUCAAGGUCGGACCCAAACUCCGCUUGUGCGGAAAACAAAAAAUGCACGUGCAAAAAUAUUUACUUCUAUAGCUCUGCCUUGAAAAGAUGCGAACGAAAGGCAGUGGCUCCUGACAUGUUCUGCGCAAGCCAAGAAUAUUGCGACGACAUUAAUGCUGUUUGCGAACUGCCAACACCUCCGUCAAUUAGGGGCUUAUGUAAAUGCAAAGGCGAUACCAAUUUCGAUGUGACCAAAAGUUUCUGCGUGCCAAAUUCUCUGAACGACGGAUGUUUCAACAAUGACCAAUGCAGCUCUUCUGUGCCCAAUUCAGUUUGCAGGUUCAACAAUGGUUUGCGUGAAAACGUUUGUACUUGUCCCGAGAAUUUUGUGCCGAAUAGCGAUUCAACAAGAUGCUUACCAGUUUUCAACGCGUUGAAUGUUGAUUGCCUGGUUAAAUCCCAAUGCAACAUUGACAAUUCAGCAUGUCGCGGUCCUUUGGGACAAACCAAGUGCGUUUGCGAUCUUGGCUUUGUUCAGAAUUUAGCAGGGAUUAGCUGCUUGAAGGGUGCCAGUUUCAUCAACGACGUCUGCGAAGUGUCAGGCCAGUGUGCUGUCCUCAGUGGUUCGGCUUGCACUUCAGGCAGAUGCCUAUGCCCGGUGGCCACACAUAUCCCAAAAACCGACCUCACUGGCUGCAUACCGAAGGUCAACGAUUUUGUUACUGACUGCAAUCAACUCAACCAAUGCACACAGGCAAAUACAUAUUGCGACAUUCUUAGCAAUAGGUGCACAUGCAGUGCUAAACAUGUACUGGUGGGAACCUCAUGCGUCAAAGUCGCUGAUAAAUUGGGAGAUUCGUGCUCAUCAAACGCGCAGUGUCCUUUCGAGAAUGCAGUGUGUCCAGCUGGUGCGACCAGAGUUUGCAGUUGCUCCGCCAAUUUUGUGGCGAACGCCGCAAAAGACAAAUGUCUUCCAACUGUCGCAUUCGGAGGAACAUGCACCGAGGGAGUUCAAUGCACAACUUCAGGAGAGGCAGAUUGUAUUGAAGGGAGUUGCAGUUGCAAAAAAGACUUUGUUUUAGCCGCAGACAGCUGCCUUGCAAAACGCAGGUUGGGCGAUGAUUGUACCAACGAUGCUCAAUGUCAGUUGGCCGAAAAUCUAGAUAGGGCUUUUUGCUCCACCAACGGAAAGUGUGAUUGCAAAUCACCAUUCACUGCCAUCGUUUUGGAAAAUAAAUGCAACUCUGGCGUCCAAAAUACUCUGGCCACUGCAAUCAUGGCGAUUGCUUUGCUUUUUGUGAAAUUAGCGUGAUGAAAUCAGGAUCCAUAGUAUAUUAUUUGUAAAAUUAAGGUAAAAUUGGAAUCAAUAAAGUCGAAAUGUUUCUGUUUAAU